CUUAUCCGCUUUACCUUCGAACAACAAAUUAUAUUUUUUGAAUUAUUUUAAACUAACCCACGUGUGGUAAAACGUGCUUCAGCCCUAAAAAGAUGGAAUUGCAUAAUGGCCUACCGAGUAACCUAUAUAUUUCUUUUGAAAUUCACUGCGUAUAAAAGAAGUGUAAACAUAUAUCCUUUAGUCAAUUACACCACUAUGGAGCCUUCGAUAUUUCUCACUGUGCUAGUGCUUUUGGCUAAGGGAUGUGAUGUCUUAGCUCAGCGAGUGGAAUACUUCACGAAAUCCACCCCAACGCUGUGUACUGCUUCGUAUCUCACCCCAGUAACUACUACACCAACUAUUACAGCCAUUGAAACUAUUCCCGCAGCGCCAAUUGUGCCUAGUUACCCUAAUUUUGGUGGUUAUCCGUUUACGCCUCCGAUGCCAAUGCCACCCUUCUGUAUGGGUGGUAAAGAUGAUGACGACGAUUGGCACCAUCUUUUAUACUUCCUAAUAUUUGCGUUAAAGAAUAGAGGAAAUGGUGGGUGUGGAAAUUCGUAUGGUUGCGGUGGUUGUGGAGGUAAUUCUGGUUGCGGUGGUUGUGGCGGUAAUUGUGGUUGCGGUGGUUGUGGAAGUAAUUGUGGUUGCGGCGGUUGUGGAGGUAAUUGUGGUUGCGGCGGUUAUGGAGGAAAUUGUGGUUGCAGUGGUUGUGGAGGUAAUUAUGGUUCUGGUUACGGAGGUUACGGUUGCAAUAGUGGAUGUGGUUGCGGUGAAGUUUAUGCCUACGACAAUAACUACAGCUCUAUGGUAAAUAGCAUAAGCAACAACGGUAAUGAUGUCGUAUACGUUCCUUAUCCUAUAGCCGUCCCGAUGAAUUCCCUCUCUUCCAGUUCAUCGUUCUCCUAUCCUAAUAUGCCAUCAACAACAGAAGGAUAUCCAUCCCCAGGUCAAACCCUCCCACCCUGCAAUUGCAAUUGUAAAGAUCCAAGUGAAAUAUGCUUAACUAUUAGAACUGAAUGUCAAUGAAACAAAUAAUGUCAUCGAAAUAAAAUGUGAAGAUUUAUGAAUUUUUGUCUCAUUUAUUUAUAAAUAUAUUUUUUUAUAUUCAAAAGAUACUUUCAUUAAAAAAAAUACCCAAAUCUACUGAUGUGUCAUGAGCACAGAUUUGUACUUAUUUGUAUAUCUACCAAAGGUUUUAAAGAAAUAAUUUCGUAAUAUUGCAAAAUAUUCUUUACAAGUUGAAACCAUAACAUAUAAAAGAACCCACUUUUUUCAUUUUUAAAUAUAUCUAGGUCGUACUCGGCAGAAACAUGAUUUCGAUUCAACCAGCGCUUCUCGUUCUGCUUUUUUGGCUAAAGUGCCAAGGAGUACAAAAUCAAUGCUGGAACGGAUAUGGUAGUGGAUCUUCUUGGGACUCAUACGCGCAAUCAUAUAACUACCUCUAUGGACAGUCUGCCUAUGAUUAUACUUCAAGCUCGCCAGCAAUAUAUAUCAGCACAUAUCCUCAAUCAAGCACAUAUGACUAUUACCAACAAUCCUCUUAUAAUGCAUAUCCAAAUGAAUAUCAGCAGCCUAUAGUGAUUGUGGUUAAUGGAGAUGACAAUGAUUGUGAUAACUUGGGCGAAGUACUAAGUCUCGUUGCUUCUCUAAGUAAUAAACCUGAAAAAGAACCCAUUUAUGUACCUUAUCCCAUACCAAUACCUUGCUGCGACAGUAAUAGCGAUAACAACUGUGGAUGCGGUUCAGAUUAUUGUAACUCAGACUGUGGCUGUAGAAACAGUGGAUGCGGUUGUUCUAAAUCAGACAGCUGCUGCGAUUGUGGUUGUCAGUGCGACAAUAAGUGUGGUGAAUGUAGAAAACGGCGUCCCAAGUCGAAAUGCGGUCGCAAUUCUGAAUGUGGUUGUUCUAACUCAGAUUGCGGUUGCAAUAAAUGUAUUAAACAUAAAAGUGAUAGGUGUUGCAGAGGUUGAUAGAGCAUUAAAAGCUAAACAAAAAUUUAUUAAUAUCGUUUGAUAGGUAUUUGAAAAUGUAAACAGAUUAAGUUGAGUUGUUUACCUACUUUGUAUUGUAAACUGAAUAAAAGACAAUUUAAAAUAAUA